AUGAUCUCUCGAUACAAACCGAGUCCCGGCUCCACCAUGUCCUUGGCUUUCUGUGGGAACGAGAACAACUCGUCAGCCUACAAUGUGGACGGGGGCGUUCUGAACAACGGCUGUUUCCUGGACGCCCUCAACGUGGUCCCACAUGUUUUUCUCCUCUUCAUCACCUUUCCCAUCCUCUUCAUUGGCUGGGGCAGCCAGAGCUCAAAGGUCCACAUCCACCACAGCACCUGGCUUCACUUUCCCGGACACAACCUACGGUGGCUCCUCACCUUCGUCCUCCUCUUCAUCCUCGUCUGUGAGAUUGCUGAAGGCAUCGUCUCUGAUGGGUUCAGCCAAUCGCUCCACCUUCAUUUGUACAUGCCUGCGGCUCUGGCUUUCAUGGCUGGCAUCACUUCGAUUGUCUACUAUCAUAACAUUGAAACCUCCAAUUUUCCAAAACUGCUAUUAGCCCUGCUGAUCUACUGGGUGCUGGCCUUCAUCAUGAAAACCAUCAAGUUUGCCAAGUACACCGAACAUGGCAUCGGCCCCAGGCAGCUUCGUUACUGCAUCACAGGGUUGCUGGUGCUGCUGUACGGACUUCUACUGGCUGUAGAGAUCAACGUUAUCCUGGGCAGGCGCUACAUGUGUUUCGCCAAUCCCAGAGAGGUGAAGCCUCCUGAAGACCUUCAAGACCUCGGUGUUCGUUUCCUGCAGCCGUUUGUCAACUUGUUGUCCAAAGCCACCUACUGGUGGAUGAACACCUUCAUUACCUCCGCUCACAAGCGGCCGAUUGACCUAAAGGUUAUCGGCAAAUUGCCCAUCGCAAUGAGAGCACUAACCAACUACAUGAAGCUUCGCAAGGAAUUUGAAGACCAGAAGAGUCCUCAGGGCACAGCACCCCAAGGUCCAAAGUGGAUCUGGUUGGCCUUGAGAAAAGCAUUUGGAAGACCCCUCAUCCUCAGCAUCACCUUCCGCUUCCUGGCUGAUCUGGUUGGCUUUGUUGGACCGCUCUGCAUCUCUGGCAUCGUGUACCAUAUCAGCAAAGACAAUCGUACCAUUCACCAACCGAUGAAGCUGCUCGGUAUCUAUUUCAUUUCCUCCAAAGAGUUCCUGGAGAAUGCGUAUGUGCUGGCCGUGCUGCUCUUCUUCUCCCUGCUCCUGCAGAGGACCUUCCUCCAGGCAUCCUACUACGUGGCCAUUGAAACAGGCAUCAACCUGCGUGGGGCCAUACAGACAAAAAUCUACAACAAGAUCAUGCGUCUGUGCACGUCCAACAUGUCCAUGGGAGAGCUGACCGUCGCACAGAUCUGCAACCUGGUUGCCAUAGACACCAACCAGCUCAUGUGGUUCUUUUUCCUCUGUCCAAACCUGUGGGCCAUGCCAGUACAGAUCAUUGUGGGAGUGAUCCUGCUCUACUACCUCUUGGGAAUCAGUGCCUUGAUUGGAGCGACUGUCAUCGCUCUGUUAGCUCCUGUGCAAUAUUUUGUGGCCACAAAGCUGUCCCAAACACAAAAGAGCACUCUGGAAUACUCCAGUGAGCGGCUGAAGAAGACCAACGAGCUGCUGAGGGGCAUCAAGUUGCUGAAGCUGUACGCCUGGGAGCACAUCUUCCGUGACAGCGUGGAGGAGACCCGGGUCAAAGAGCUCACCAGCCUGCGGGCCUUCGCUCUCUACACGUCCAUAUCCAUCUUCAUGAAUGCGGCUAUUCCCAUUGCAGCUGUGCUGACGACGUUCGUGGUUCAUGUCCACAUUUCUGAGGAUGCUGAUCUGUCCCCAGCUGUGGCCUUUGCCUCUCUGUCCCUCUUUCACAUCCUGGUCACCCCCCUCUUCCUUCUCUCAAGUGUGGUGCGCUCCACUGUCAAAGCUCUUGUAAGUGUUCAGAAACUCAGCGAGUUCUUCUCAAGCGAUGAGAUCGGAGACGAGCAGGAGCCCAGAGCAACGCUAACGUCUGGCUCCAGCAAUCACAACCAGAAUAGGUACCAAGCUGUGCCGUUGAAGGUGGUGAACCGGAAGCGCCCUCCGAGGGACGACUGGAACAGCUACACACAGGGGGAGCAGGACGGCCAAGAACCGCCCCACGAACUGGACCAGAACAUCUGCAUUAAAAUAACCAGCGGUUAUUUCACCUGGACAGAUGGACCAGCAACUCUGUCUAAUGUGGAUAUAAAGAUUCCCUUCGGUAAGCUGACUAUGAUUGUGGGUCAGGUGGGCUGUGGGAAGUCGUCUCUGCUGCUGGCCGCUCUGGGGGAGAUGCAGAGGGUGUCAGGAAUGGUCACCUGGAACAGCUUGCCGAGCUUUGAAUCUGAAGGAGAUGAAAGUCCCACAGACAGAGACGCAGCCAGUGAUGGAGACAUUAGGAGGAGAUGCGCCGUGGCCUACGCCUCCCAGAAGCCCUGGCUGCUGAACGCCACUUUGGUGGAGAACAUCACCUUUGAGAUGCCAAUGAUUAAAUCCAGAUACAAAACCGUCCUUGAGGCCUGUUCCCUUCAGCCUGACAUCGACAUCCUUCCACAGGGGGACCAGACAGAAAUCGGGGAGCGGGGCAUCAUCCUAUCAGGAGGCCAGAAACAGCGAAUCAGUGUGGCCCGAGCAUUGUAUCAGCAGACCAACGUGGUCUUUCUGGAUGACCCCUUCUCAGCUUUAGACAUCCACCUGAGUGACCACCUGAUGCAGGACGGCAUCCUGAAGAUGCUCAGAGAGGAGAAGCGGACGGUGGUGCUGGUCACUCACAAACUCCAGUAUCUGCCGCAUGCAGACUGGAUUAUUGCCAUGAAAGACGGCACCAUCCAGACCGAAGGGACCCUGAAGAACAUCCAGAACUCUGAGCCUGAACUCUUCGAGCAGUGGAAGACCCUGAUGCACAGACAGGACCAGGAGUUUGAGACGGAGAGGGUGGAAGCGUGCAUGACUGAUCUGGAGAGGAAGAACCUGCGGAGGGCCAUGUACUCCAGAGAGGCUGCGAGGACUGAGGAGGAUGAGGAUGUGGGAGGUGCUUUGGCUGUUCUCUUUAUCUGUGCUCUGUGUUGUCUCCCGUGUGCUGGUGGCACCCCGGGGUGGACUUGUGAGAUGGCUCCAGCACCAGGUGCUGCCGUCGAGUACGAUCCUUCAGAGGAAUCGGAGGAAAGCGAGGACGACGACAACCUGUCGCAGGUGAUGCGCCAGCGAGCCACCAUCCCCUGGCACUCCUGCGGGACCUACCUGUCCUCUGCUGGCUUCCUCCUCCUCUCCCUGCUCCUGCUGUCUCAGCUCCUCAAGCACACGCUGAUGGUCGCCAUCGACUACUGGCUGGCGCACUGGACGUCGCGCGUCAUCGCGGCCAAGGUGGACGCCACCAGUCACAACUGCACUAUUGUAAAGGACUGUGGAUUCAGUCACUCGUGGUAUCUCUCUGUGUUCAGCGUCCUGUGCUGCCUGGGCAUCAUCCUCUGCCUCGCCACCUCUGUGGCUGUGGAGUGGACAGGCCACAAAGUGGCCAAAGAACUCCACCACGACCUGCUCAACAAGAUCAUACUGGCUCCCAUGAGGCUGUUUGAGACGACGCCUCUGGGCAGCAUCCUGAACAGGUUUUCCACAGACACGAACACCAUCGACCAGCACAUCCCCACCACCCUGGAGUGCCUCUCCCGCUCCACGCUGCUCUGCGUGUCCGCCCUGGGCGUCAUCUCCUACGUGACCCCCGUCUUCCUCAUCGCCCUCCUGCCGCUGGCUGUCGCAUGCUACUUCAUCCAGAAGUACUUCCGAAUGGCCUCGAGGGACCUGCAGCAGCUGGAGGACAGCACCCAGCUCCCUUUGCUUUCACACUUCUCUGAGACAGUGGAAGGCCUCAUCACCAUAAGAGCCCUCAGGUACGAACCCAGGUUCAGGCAGAGGCUGCUCCAGUUCACCGAUGCCAACAACAUCGCCUCGCUGUUCCUCACCGCCGCCAACCGUUGGCUGGAAGUCCGCAUGGAGUACAUCGGAGCCUGUGUGGUGCUGGUGGCAGCUGUGGCCUCCAUCACCAACUCUCUCUACAACCAGCUGUCCCCCGGCCUGGUGGGGCUCGGACUUACAUACGCUCUCAUGGUGUCCAACUACAUGAACUGGAUGGUGCGUAAUUUGGCAGACAUGGAAGUGCAGCUUGGCUCAGUCAAGAGGAUUAAUGGCCUGCUCAAAACUGAACCGGAGAAUUACGAGGGACUCCUCACUGUGUCUCAGGUGCCGGAGGGAUGGCCCCGGCACGGAGAAAUCAAGAUCCAGAACCUGAGCGUGCGCUACGACGCCACUCUGAAGCCCGUUCUCAAAAAUGUCAACGCACACGUGAGCCCCAGUCAGAAGGUGGGGAUCUGUGGUAGGACGGGCAGCGGGAAAUCCUCUUUUUCCUUGGCUUUCUUCCGUAUGGUUGACAUGUUCGAGGGGAGGAUUGUGAUUGACAACAUUGACAUCUCCAAGCUGCCUCUGCAGACCCUCAGGUCUCGGCUGUCCAUCAUCCUCCAGGACCCCAUCCUGUUCAGUGGCACCAUCCGGUUCAACUUGGACCCGGAAAUGAAGGCGACGGAUGAGAUGCUGUGGGAGGCUCUGGACAUCGCCCAGCUGAAGCCCGUGGUCAAAACCCUGCCCGGAGGCCUGGAUGCCAUCGUGACGGAGGGUGGAGAAAACUUCAGCCAGGGCCAGCGACAGCUUUUCUGUUUGGCCAGGGCCUUCGUGAGGAAGAGCAGCAUCCUCAUCAUGGAUGAGGCCACAGCCUCCAUCGACAUGGCGACGGAGAGCAUCCUGCAGAAAGUGGUGAUGACCGCUUUUGCUGACCGGACAGUUGUAACCAUAGCACAUCGCGUCCACACCAUCCUGAACGCCGACCUGGUGAUUGUGAUGAAGCGGGGCAUCAUCCUGGAGCACGACACGCCCCAGGCCCUCCUGGACAAGGAGGACAGCGUCUUCGCCUCCUUCGUGCGGGCCGACAAGUAG